AACAGACAUUUAGCAGUGUAUCUCUCCAUCUUUACAGAACAGCACCCGCAUUGUCCUUAUCCAUACAUAUACUGGCAUCGGUACCUUUGGUUUUUUAGAUCAAAAAUUACCCAUUCUUACUCGCCACUUGUUCCCAUCCUCCUACUAAAAACACAUACACCUCCAAAAUGCACUAUCUGACGACAUUUCUGGGUCUGUCGCUGUGCCUGGGAGGCAGUUACGCCUGGGGCCGCUACUACGCCGACCAGCCGGCCUUCUUUUAUCCAACCGAGUAUCUGGAGCGCCAGCAAGACGCUGCCUACUGGCGCCAUCAGCCGGUCAUGCGGCAGCAGAUGCCGCGGCCAAUCGCGCAUCCGCUGGCCUACGCCCACCACCUGUACAACGCCCCCCUGAUGCGACAGAGCGGCGACGUGCGGACCCUGGCGGAUCAGGACUACAUAUUUGGAUUGGUCGCCUAUGCCACGAAUGUGGAUGCCAUGCAGAACAGCCUGGAAAGUGGCGGGUUUUCACCGGAGUCUGCCGCCGCUGCGGUGGCCGCCGCCACUGGCAAGACGGCCACCGGCGGAACCGGCGUCAUUUAAGCUGAAUCCGGGUGGAACUUAACGAGGACUGAGGAGCACCGUACUGGAAAAGAUCGCAUCGAAUGUAUUAGCGCGAGAGUGAUGUACUGACAGUGAAUGUUGUCCUAACAGUCUGAUUGGCUUCGAAUCUGUUGUCUUAUGUUUGCAAUGGCCAUAAUAAACGCAGCAAGGUUA